GUGUGGAUGUCUGGGGGAAAACACGGGAUCCUCUGCAAGAGUUACCUUCAUUUGACACGUGGCUGAGAUAGACUUUUAGAACUGGUUUGUGCGAGGAGCAGAAAUGGACUUGUAUGGAAGGAGAGCAACCUUGCCUGUAAUUACUCCAAUUGCCCUGCAGAAACGGGUAGUUAAGGUAUAUAGUGAGGAUGAAACUUGUAGAACUUUGGAAGUACCAAGUGAUAUAACAGCAAGAGAUUUGUGCCAGUUGCUCAUACUGAAGAAUCAUUAUGUUGAUGAUCACAGCUGGACUUUAUUUGAAAACCUCGCUUGCUUAGGCUUAGAAAGAAUAAUAGAAGACCAUGAAAUGGUGAUUGAGGUUCAGUCAAAAUGGGGGAUUGAUGAAGGCAAUCAACUUUAUUUUAGAAAAAAUUAUGCUAAAUAUGAAUUCUUCAAAAACCCUGUGAAUUUCUUCCCGGAACAUUUGGUGUCCUUCUCCAAUGAGAUCAAUGGAGCAAUGAGCCACACACAGAUUCUGCAGAUGUUCUUAAGCGCCAGUGGGUAUCCUGAAGUCCACAGUUAUUUAUAUGCUAAAGAACAAGGGAAAAAAACUUGGAAAAAGAUGUACUUUUUGUUGAGAAGAUCUGGUCUGUAUUUUUCCACCAAGGGGAUGUCGAAGGAACCAAGGCACCUGCAGCUUUUCAGUGAAUUCAGCAGUAGUGAUGUGUAUAUGUCUUUGGCAGGCAAAAAGAUAGCCGGAGUACCAAUCGACUAUGGGUUCUGCUUUAAGCCUCACAAAGCAGGAGCGGCCAGAGACCUGAAACGACUUUAUGCAGACAGUGAGCAAAGAAGGACCUGCUGGAUUACAGCAAUUCGGUUGCUGAAGUAUGGAAUGCAGCUGUACCAGAAUUACAUGCAACCAUAUCACGGUAGAGGUGGCUGUGGUUCCCUUAAUACGCCUACGAGGAGCGUUUCUGAGAAUUCUCUCGUGGCCAUGGACUUCACAGGACAUAAAUCCAGAGUUAUUGAAAACCCCUCAGAAGCUCUGUCAGUUGCAGUUGAAGAAGGAUUAGCGUGGCGGAAAAAAGGCUGUUUACGACUCUGUACUCCCUCCGCUCUGCAAAAUGUCCCGUCAAACAUAGCCAUACACAGCUCUCAGCCGUGGUUUCACCAUAAGAUCUCUAGAGAUGAGGCUCAUCAACUGAUUUUGCGGCAAGGAUUGGUUGAUGGAGUUUUCUUGGUACGGGAUAGCCAAAGUAACCCCAAAACGUUUGUGCUGUCAUUGAGCCAUGGAUUAAAAAUAAAGCACUUCCAAAUUGUGCCUUUGGAUGAGGAAGGCAAACUGUUUUAUACACUGGAUGACGGUCACACGAGAUUUUCUGAUCUCAUUCAACUAGUGGAGUUCUACCAGCUCAAUAAAGGCAUACUUCCUUGCAGGUUAAAACAUUAUUGUGUCCAGAUUGCACUUUAGCCAAAAUGGCAAUGUCUCACCAAAGCUUCCUAGAAUUCAAAGGCAGUAUGCUUGUUCGUUUGUUUGUUUUAACAGAGCAGUCUCUUAAAUAAAGGGAGUGUAAAGUCAGUGCACUCAGUGAAUGUAAAAAUUUGGCUUACAAAGCAGAGUCUGUAUGUGUCACGGAAAAACAAAGGAUCUGAUACUUCUGUAUUAGAAUUGACUAAUCAACGGUGAUCUUCCAAAAAAUGAAUCUCCAGCUGAAAUUGUGUAAUGCUGUAUGAUGCUGCGUUCUUAGGGAUUACUUUUUCAAAUAAAUGCUUUUUUCCCACUACUUUAAUUUA